AUGCUGGGAAUGAUGAAUUCUCCGUCCGACUCUGUCGAGUUCUACGCCACCAACCGCAAAAACUCCUCAGGAAGCGAAUCCGAAGACCGAGUUUUCACUGAAAUCAAGCAACGUGACGUCAUCACCUACACCGAAGGUAUUGCUCACUUUUUCUUUUUCAAAAAGGACUUUGACUGAUCUUCUGAUAUAGUCAAACUUAGUUAAGAAAUUCGCCAGAGAUGACGUUGAUUGAUGUCUUUUUUGUGUACCUAUCCAUCAAAUUAACAGUUCUCGUGUGAAAACAAUCGUUAUUUACAACUGUCGCAUCUGAUUUCGUCAUAGUAUAGUGAAAUUUAUAACUAGUCGUGACCGUUUUUGGGAGAACGAGAAAAGACGGAAGUUCACAUAGAACUUCUUUGUUUGAAAACUUCCUGAUUCCAUUGUAUUUUUCGAGUUUUUGAAGCGUUCAAGCUCUGCGAAUUAUGAAGAAUGUGAAAGCAGUAUGGUUUUUUAAGGAUACAUUUCCAAAUUCUAUGUUUUCUACUAUAGAACGUCUGCCAUAGGUAGGGACCGCAGGCCAAUUUCCAAAGUCAGUGAUAUAAAGUUGAAAACCUAUUUGAAAAAGAAAGCUGAUGGCAAUCGAGAGCUAACUGCGAAAAACAGAAAAGAAAAAAAUAUGAAAAAAAUGAAAAAAAGUUAUAAGCAAAAAAAGUGGCGAAAUCGGGGGAACCACUUUUUGUGUAGAAACUUUCGUCAGGGUCGCAGGAAACGGGGCGUGUUUAUAGAUGCCGCGCGCUCCUUUGCUGUGCGUUAAUUCACGCAGGAGACGUUUUCGAAAACAUAUUUAUUUGAGUUUUUUUAGAAGUUUUAAAUGAAAUAUUAGAGUUUUUCAUAUUGAAUAUUGCUCUUUUUCAAUAUCAGCCUACUCUUCAAGCACUCACGCUGCUGAAAAGCGAGUUUUUGAAGAAGGUUUCAAUGCAUUUCGUAAAAAAAGAAAAAUAACCGACAAAAUAGACCUUUGCGAAGGACGAACAGCAUCAAACCGAAUUGAAAAAUGUAACAGUCUACUAAGAAAUUUACUGAAAAAAAUAUGUAAAUAAUCACCAAGUCCUUUUUUUCAGAGAGUUUUUUUAAAAAAAGGGCGAAAGCGUUUUUUUACUUUUGAUUUUUCUAAUUCUUUUUAUUUUUUUUCUCUAAAGUUUGUGCGUCUACAUGGAGUGUACGUAGACAAUUUUUUUGGAAUUCUUUACUUGACAUUCUGAAAAAAAGAGUAAAAGCGAAAUUUAAUACUUUUCUCGCUGCUAUAAUGGAUAUAAUAAUAUAGGAAAAAAAGAUUCCAAUUAUUAAAUGAGUAAAAAGCAACUAUAAAGCCACAAUAAAAUGAGAAAAACUUGAAUAGAAUACAUAAAUAGUUUUAAAAAAACCUUCACGCUUUCGAAAAAAAUUUCGUGGCCUUCGCGGUGUCUGCAGAUUUCCAGCGACGCGCAGUUUUAAAAAAAUAACUUUCGAGCGUUUAAAUUGACCAUACUUUUCGGGCCAUGCUAGGAAUUUUUUUAUUUUUUUGAUAUGUUGUAGAGAAAUGUCUAGUCUUUGAUAUUAUGAAAUAAAAAACUUGCCCAGAACGCUUUGGGCCGUUUUUAAAGCGUUACAAAAAAACGGAAAUUUUAAGCUUUCAUAUAAACUAUAUAAUCGAUGAAAAAAACUUAGUUUUUCUAUUUUUUUAAAAAUUUGCAAACAACUGCAAACAACCGUUUAAAAAAAUAUAAUCAGUAAUUAUCGAUUGCGUUUUUUUCGAAAAAUAAGGAAUUUCGAAAAUCGUGAUUUUUCAAAUUGCGUUAUUUUUUUGAGGCCAACCAUAGAAUUUUUUUAUUUUUUUGCCAGAAUAUGCGUUUUUUUAGUUGCUUUAUGAUAUUCAAGAAUAAAAAAAGUUGCCCAGAAACUUUCAAGAAAAAAACGGGAUUUUUUUAUCCGUUUUUCGGCCACAAAUGCGUUUUAAAAAACUGUCGUCGUACAUUCUUAUUUCUCAUUUUUUUCAGUAUUUUCUUUUAUGUAGGAUUGUUAAGCAUAGCCGAUUGUAUGUUUCCCCAAUUUUUUUCUCAAAUCGGUACAAGAAAAACUGUUUUAAAAAUAUAAAAAAAGAACCAAAAUGCAACGAAAAAUGACGAAGUUUUUUUGAACAGCGAAGUGGGCGUGGCUCUGCGGUCCCUAGCCAUAGGCUUUGCAGUGUUUCUAAAAAUAUUCGAAACAUCAGAAAUAUGUUCAAAAUAUGGAACAAAACAGGAGAUUUUCAGAUGGCCGUAAGUUCAUCAACGGCAAAUUAGUGACGUCACCCGAUGGUCCGUCAAUGUGGGGAGAAGCCCUGAUGCGCGGAAUCGUCACAAAUCACGUCCUCGAGAAGAAACGCCGAGCCAGUUCCAGUUAGUUAUUUUGAUCAAUAAAAUAUAGCAGCUCCAAAAUACGCCUUUAAUGGAACUUUUCUAGGCAUUUCUUACUGAUAAGGCUCUGUAGAAUAUUUUUUAUUUGGUUGCGCCCGACUCAAAACGAUUUGCGCCUAAACCCAACGUUAUAGAAAGUCUGGAAGUCUGAAGUUGCUUUCUUUAGCUAUUUCGAACUCCGUCAGAACGAUAUUAAUCACACAGAAUGAAGAAUUAAUGGAGAAAAUAGAUUAAUUGAAAGAGGAAACUUAUUUUGAAAAAAAUUUUUUUGGUUUUUUUAUUUUAACUCUGAGUUUUCUGCUGAAUUUUCUUUUUUUCAGAAAAAUCCUCGAAGAAAGGCCCCUCGAGCAGCAAAAAAUCAGAAGAUCUUCCUUCCCAACCGACGCCUUCUGAUUCCAGCUCGACGUCUUCUGCAGAAGCAUCAAAAGUCGAAAAUCCCCGUAUUUAUAUCACCGAAAUUCCCAUUUUCGCCAGUGAUGAACCUAUUGCGAACGCCUAA